AUGGUGGCACCGAACCUCAAGACUAUCAAGAUCAGAGGAUGUUGGGGCCUGCGCCGGCUGCCGGUGGUGGGUGCCCGUAGUGGAGGCAUGAAGAAGCCGUCCGUCGAGAUCGAAAAACACGUUUGGGACGCGCUUGAAUGGGACGAGGAGGUGGCCCCUGGCCACUUCGAGGCGCCGCUGCACUCACUCUACUACAAGAAGAAACUACCCAGGGUCUCUGUGCUCAGGUGA